CGUAAACAACAUCACCCUUCCAGCCAUCCGCUAUUUCAUGAUAACGUCUUGCCCGUGGAUAGAUAAACGUCAUCUGCUUAUAAAAUAUCCUGCCAGAACGAUCCUCGAUGUGAACCCGGUAACAGCAGCAACUCUCCCUACCCGCCUCUGCACUCCUUUCUUCGCUUUGUGACAACAUGGCUACCACAAGCGUUCCCUGCGUCGCAACCUACAAACCUGUGAUUGAAUCCUGUGUCUGCGGCCUGACUGGAGCGCGGGAGGACGGUGAUGUUGAUUCCCUCGUCCUCGAGGCCGACUGCGCAGAACUGCUCCAGAAAAUACAGGCAGUUCGCGAAGCGAUCGUCCCCGAGAUCCUUCAGAUACACAAUGCUGCAGUCGAAACAGUCUGUCGCGAUAUUAUCGUCGAUAUUGUUGCGACAGUUGACAUCUCGGAGCCAGCAUUCGCCCAGGUCUGGGUCCUCCUAGACAUCAUCAACAUUCUGUCCGACAACGAAUUAUGCGAACCGGGUUUAGGCUUUUGGCUCAUCGAGGAACUGCUGGACAGCCAGACUAUCGAUGGCUGCAGAAAAAUCUUCGAUUAUUUGGAAUCACGCAGAGAGAGGAUGACGGCGAAGCAUUUCAAACAGAAGAACUUGGUCAUCCUCAGAUGUUGCAAUGAGUUGCUCAGGAGACUGUCGCGGGCUGAAGACACUGUCUUUUGCGGGCGAGUCUUCAUCUUCCUCUUCCAGAGCUUCCCUCUCGGCGACAAGAGCUCGGUCAAUCUACGUGGAGAGUUUCAUGCGGAGAAUGUCACUAUCUUCGAUCCAACGCCUGUCAAGUCAGAAGAUGCUAUCAAGCCGAUGGAACUCGACACUGACACACCGCAAGCAACCUCUGGUGGCCACACGCCUGCCUCAAGUAGCCAGGUUCAGGAUCACGAGAAGGCGGCAAGAAGUACACCAGUCCCCAAGACUUCCAGAUCCGAGCCUAAAGAGCAGCCUCCCGACCUCGACGCUCUGUAUCCCAAAUUCUGGUCUCUGCAAUCCUUAUUUUCUUCCCCAACAAAGCUUUUCGAUCCUGCCAACAUGACUGCAUUCAAAGACGGCAUCGCCGAGACCCUCUCCUGCUUCAAGUCAGUCUCGAAUAGUUCUGGUUCCUCUACAAACCCUACCGAUGUGAAACGCGGCUUGAAGCGCAAGCGCAAUGAUGUUGAUAUGACGUCCGGCUUGACUUCGACAUUCAACCCCAAAUAUCUGACAAACAGAGAUUUGUUCGACCUUGAAAUUCAUGACAUUGCCUUCCGCAGACACAUCCUCGUACAAGCACUGAUCAUGCUCGACUUCCUCCUCAGUCUCUCGCCGACUGCCAAAGCAAAAUUCGAAGGACUUACCAACAAGUCCGUGCUAUACUCCUACAUCCUCUCCGAAGAAGAUACCAAAUGGGCACAUUCCACUCGUUCUCAGAUCGCAGCUUAUCUACAACAAGGUGGGAGUGGUAACGAAGGAAAGUUCUACUACCGCAUGGUAGACACGAUCUUGUCGAGAGACAAAAAUUGGGUGCGAUGGAAAGCCGAGAAUUGUCCAUCAAUAUCGCGGGACAGCGUUUCGCCACAGAUCUAUCUCGAAUCCCGCAAUACGUUGACGAAACUUACUGAGUCUGCGCGAGCGCCUCUCGUCAAUCCACCUGGGUCAACCGACCUCGCGUUCCUCUCGAAGAUUGAACCCCUUGAGGCGCUCAAGCAUCCAUCCAAACGCCAUCAGGUUCCAAGUUUAGAGGAAUACUAUAGGGGUAUUGAAACGGAUGAUCUGGACAUGGACUUUGCUGUCACAGACGAGGAAAAAAAGGAGAUCGAGGAAAGGAAGGCCGGGAAGGUGUGGAGAGCAUUGCGUGCCAGCAAGAAUCGAUUCGUCAUGUGCGAGAAGGUGCAGUAUGGGGGCGAUUUGAAGGCUCUGCUCGGGGCGGAGUCACUGGGAGACCAAGCCGAGAAAGGCGCGGAGGGUGAAGCUGAGGCGGAAGAGGAUGGGGACAAGGCUGAAAGGAACGAGAAUGAAACAGCAGAGGAGGCUGGAAGUGGCGACGACCAUGCGGAAGCCCACCCAGAAGACGAAGGAGGAACAGAUAACACAGCACCCGUUGUGUCGCAAGCCAUGCAACAGCCAGCAGAAGGACUGCAGGAAGCAGACAUAGCCCCCAAAACGGAAGACGCGGAAAUGAUGGAUGUGCCUAAUCCAGCAUCUGUCCCUGAUGCACCUGACAAGCCAGAAGAGGCGAAGAAUGGCACCAGCGACGUCGCUCUGGAUGACGCUGAUCAGGCCUCGGGCAGUACAGGCGACGGUGGCGACGGUGGCGAGAUACAAUGAAUUACGUCAUUCUACUUUUGGCGAUGCGAAAGGUAUCUACCGAGAAACCAGUUAGUUCGCAGUAGAACCGUGAGAAACCACAUGGAACAAGAUACAACAAGAUCUUCAGAAGAUCAGCGGUCAUGCCAAACGAG